AUGUCCGCCCCAGGCUGCUCUCAUGGCGCUACAGAGCACGCGGACCCCAAAAAGGUGCCGAUUCGUGAUUUUCGCAGUCCUCAUCGCGAGAUCGCAUCCAAAGCAAUCAGGAAUAUCCUAUCCUCAGAGAUUGCUGAGUCAACAUUUGGCCAAAUUAUUGAUGGCCUUCCACUAUCUCAAGUUGCGUUGGAUUGCUACAAAGGUGUAACUUGUCCCGGCCAUCCCCUGAUUGAUGAACACCUUCAAUUGUCGCCUUCUGUGCUUCAGCUAGCUCGACGGCUACGCGACGAGUUUGAUCCGGAUGAUUUUCACGUCGAUUACAUGGUAGGUUGUCCACACGCAGCACGAUCUAUUGGACACUCUUUCCCCUCCAUCAUCCUACUCCAAGCUUUUGCUGACGCCGAGGAGCUUUCGCACGAAUUCCAAGCCGCGGGCCCUGGAUCUCGAGCCUUCAAUACUCGUCUGAUCGAGUUGGUCGCUGUUGCAGUACACGGCAUAGCUGUUUCUCUCUUCAAGAAAGGGCCAGCACGGCCUGCCACGGAUCGUUUGCUUUCCUGGAAACCAGACAAGAAAGUCUAUCCUCCAACCUAUUUCAGACACGAGUGGUAUACUUGCCACGAGCAGUAUCCUGAUGGCGUGGCAGACAUGGCCGGCUACUGGGCAGAAUCCAGAAUAUUCGGUGGAGUUGUCUUGUUUGAUAGGCGCGACCCCGGGUCGACGGCUGGUGUUGAGCCCGAUGCGGUAUACUUCCACUCUGAUAACAGAGAUGUCACCUAUCGGGUUUAUCGACUGCUAGACGACCAGAAGCAACAGCUCUUGGAGUUCUUGUUGUCCGACAGAACACCACCAAGUGAAUGCCCCUUGCCCAUACAUGGGGACAGAAAUAACCGGACUCGAAUUGAUCCGGAGGAACCGAUCGCUGAGACAGGGAUAUAUCGUGACAAAUGGGAGCGUGCCCCUCUUGGACCCAAAGACUACGAUAUCAGACUUAAAGACGUCAUGGACUUGUUCAACUACCUUUCGGAGGAAGAGUUCUUUGAGGCGGGACACCGGGCCUUUGACCUUAGGGAACGGCGUCGCAGAGGAGACUAUCUCGGAUUUUGA